AUGCGAUUCCUUCGUGAAUUCUCCAGCAGUGCCAGGACAUGCAAAUCUGCUUGCUCGCUGGUAAAACCAGUUCAUCAUCUUGUCAGAAUCGACAAAUCGCGGCUUUCGCCCCGUUUCAAAGAACUGCAAUAUGCCAAAAACGAUAUCCGGUCCCCUGCGUUCAAGCCUGUUUCAACGCACCAAGAUCGUCUUAAUGACCAUUUUAACACCACGGUGCAACCAGACCUCUUGUUGAUCAAUUACUCGCACAAGGCUGAAACCAAGAUCGGAGUGAAAAAUAGAGAAUGGGACUACUCGAGUCCUUACCAUCUGAAUCGACAACCUCGUAAACCAAAGGGAUCUGCUGUUCAGUUGCCAGAUAUGAAACCGAUCAAAUGGCAUAACAUUCCAGCUCUUGAGUCCGUGGUGUUGAAUUGCUAUGUUCGAGAAUCCAGGGAAAACCAGUUGUUGCCAAUCAGUGCUGCUCUGCAGCUGCAGCAAAUCACCGGAAGCAAAGCCCAGCCUGUUUACGCAAGAACUGACGUUCCGUCUUGGAAAGUGAGGAGAGGAACUCAUAUGGGUGCGAAAGUGGAGCUCAAGGGUCGCCGCAUGACGCAAUUUCUAAGCACAUUGACCGAGAUUGUUUUGCCAAGGAUAAGAGAGUACAAAGGUAUCAGCAACAAGUCUGGUAACCGUUUCGGUGGUCUAUCGUUCGGUUUGACUGCAGAGGAUGUUAAAUUUUUCCCAGAAAUCGAGUCUAACCAAGAUCUAUGGCCUAAAACUUUCGGUAUGCACAUCAACAUCAAUUCAUCCGCGCAAGAUGACGUUCAGGCAAGGACUUUGGUAAGUGGAUUCGGAUUCCCAUUUUACGGUCCUGAAAAAGUAAAGAGAUAG